AUGCCUACCCGGUUUUCCAAGACGAGAAAGCACCGCGGCCAUGUGUCCGCCGGUAAGGGGCGUGUCGGCAAGCAUAGGAAGCAUCCCGGUGGUCGUGGUAUGGCCGGUGGUCAGCACCACCACCGUACCAACCUCGACAAGUACCACCCUGGUUACUUCGGAAAGGUCGGCAUGAGGCACUUCCACCACCUCCACAACCACGACUGGGCCCCCACCAUCAACAUUGAGAAGCUCUGGUCCCUUGUCCCCGUCGAGACCCGCGACAAGUACAUCAGCGGCGCCAAGUCCGACUCUGCGCCCGUUAUCGACCUUCUGUCCCACGGCUACGCCAAGCUCCUCGGCAAGGGCCGUCUCCCUGAGGUUCCUUUCGUUGUCCGGGCGCGGUACGUCAGCGCGGAGGCUGAGCGCAAGGUGACUGAGGCUGGUGGUGUUAUCGAGCUCGUUGCUUAA